GAGGAAUUUCGAGUGAAUUUCAUCAGACCGCGAGGGUAGAAACGAGAAGGAUGGUAGAAAAGAGACGGGAUUAAAUUUGUGGCGAAAUUUGCUGAGCGUUUCACUUCCUCCUCAUUUGGAGACGUUAGAGGCUGGGGGAAGAUAGCAACCUUUCCUCUCUCGUGGUUUCUUUUGGAUCGGCGAGUUUUUAGGUACUCGGCGAUGGAAGCCUGGGUUCUCCACAGCGGUCGCCGACUUUUUGACGAGCUCGCGCUGUUAUCCGCCGUCCACUGGUUUCGCUUCUCCGGUUGGCGAAGGAUCUGAAGAUUUCCAGCUAAUCGGUGCCAGUUUGAUGGCGAUUUUACUUGUUUGUUAGCUGAUUUAAUCUCCGGAGGCCGAAGCAUGUGCGGUGGUCCAGAGCGCAUAAAGCCCUCCUCGGAAGAAACCCGAAGCUUCUCCCCCGCCAAACCGAUGAGCCACCUCACCGUCGUCACCGACGACUGCUUCUCUAGUCUCCUCGAGCUCGCCGCGAACAACGACGCCGACGGCUUCCGCCGGUCCCUUGACCGGGAUCCGUCGGCGGUCGACGAGGUCGGCAUGUGGUAUGGCCGCAAGAAAGGCUCCAAUCAGAUGGUCCUCGAGCGGCGAACUCCACUGAUGGUCGCCGCCACCUACGGCAGCCUCGAUGUUCUCCGCCUCAUACUCUCCCUUUCCGUGGUCGACGUCAACCGGGACUGCGGCCCCGGCCCCGACAGCACCACUGCCCUCCACUGUGCCGCUUCCGGUGGCUCUGCGAACGCUGUCGAUGCUGUGAAGAUUCUACUCGCUGCUGGUGCUGAUCCUAAUGCUGUCGAUGCCAAUGGCCACCGGCCGGCCGACGUGAUCGUUGUACCGCCCAAAUUGCGUGAUGUCAAACUUGCACUUGAAGAGCUACUUGGGGGUUCUAGCGGUGUUUCUGGUGGUGAGCAGCAGCGGCAGCAACGUGAUCUUCACGUGAUGUCCGCAAGGAUGACGAGCUCGUCCAACUCAAACUCUCCACCUCUAUCCUCAUCCCCUGAUGAGGAUGGAUCCCCAUCUUCUGACUUGAUCGCCGAGUUGCCCCUGCCGACCAUCACCGAGAAGAAAGAGUAUCCGGUCGAUCCAUCUCUGCCGGAUAUUAAGAACAGUAUCUACACCACUGAUGAGUUCCGUAUGUACUCUUUCAAAGUCCGGCCUUGCUCGCGAGCCUACUCUCAUGAUUGGACUGAAUGCCCCUUCGUCCAUCCGGGUGAGAACGCCCGACGGCGUGACCCGAGAAAAUAUCACUAUAGCUGCGUUCCGUGCCCUGACUUCCGGAAGGGCACUUGUCGACGGGGGGACAUGUGCGAGUAUGCGCAUGGGGUGUUUGAGUGCUGGCUUCACCCGGCGCAGUACCGCACACGUCUCUGCAAGGAUGGGACCGGCUGCACUCGCCGGGUCUGCUUCUUUGCUCACACCAAUGAGGAGCUCCGCCCGCUGUAUAUGUCGACCGGCUCAGCCGUGCCGUCCCCCUGGUCCUCUGCCUCUGCCGCUAUGGAGAUGGUGGCAGUGAUGGGUCUCAUGCCCGGGUCUCCUUCAUCUGUUUCAGCGAUGAUGUCACCUUUUACGCCACCCAUGUCGCCCUCGGGCAACAGCAUGUCCCACUCCACACUGGGCUGGCCGCAGCCCAGCGUGCCGACCCUGCAUCUUCCUGGAAGCAAUCUCCAGUCCAGUCGGCUGCGUUCAUCUCUGAGUGCAAGGGACAUGCCACUAGAUGACUUGUCGAUGGUGCCAGAUUUUGAUGCCCAGCAACUGCUUAAUGAUCUGUGCUACUCUCGCUUUGGCUCUGCUGCUGGGAGUCGCUCAGCUCGAUCAAAAACCCUGACUCCGUCGAACCUUGAUGAACUUUUCUCUGCUGAAAUCUCCUCUCCAAGGUACAGUUCUGAUCAGGGCUCAAUCUUCUCACCAUCACACAGAACUGCUGUACUCAACCAGUUCCAGCAGCAGCACCAGAGCUUGCUUUCACCGAUCAAUACCAACGUAUUCUCGCCAAAAGCUGUGGACCACCAGCAGCUGCCUGGGCAGUCCUCUCUCUUUCAGGCCUCGCUUGGGAUCUCUUCUCCUGGCCGGAUGUCUCCCCGUGCCAUUGAACCACUCUCUCCAAUGAGCUCUCGGCUGGCUGCGUUUGCACAGCGGGAGAAGCAGCAGCAGACGCUGCGGAGCCUUAGCUCUCGUGAUCUUGGUUCUGGCACGUCGCCGAUUGCAGGUUCCCCCAUGAACUCAUCAUGGUCCAAGUGGGCGUCGCCUUCUGGAGCCUUGGACUGGGGAGUGAAUGGUGAUGAGCUGGGACGGCUCAAGCGGUCCUCAUCUUUUGAGCUGCGGUCCGGUGGUGAGGAGCCGGACCUAUCCUGGGUCCAUUCAUUGGUGAAGGAAUCCCCACCUGAAAAAUUAGCUACAGCGGCGAUGACUUCUGUUGGACCGUCGGUGUCGGUUCCUGCUGGUGCUGCUGAUGGUGGUGGUGGUGGUGAGGCUUCGAAAUCCAAUGCUCAAAUUGAUGGGCAUGAUCAAGCUGCGGUCCUGAGCGCAUGGCUUGAACAGAUGCAGCUGGAUCAAAUGGUAGCUUAGUGAAAAGAGCAAAUCUCUGCCAAGCUGCUAAACGGGGUAUUGGUAGUAUUUAGUGACGUAGUAAAUAGUUAUUUUUGGUUAUUUGGGAUGGUCAAGAAGGGAAAGAAGUUGGGUUGAUAUUCAGAUAUUCAUUUUUUAUUAUAACUUCAAGAAGAGUUCAGACAGGUAAAAAGUGGAGCGGAUUUAUCUCUGGGUUAUUUAAAUUUCUACCCAGGUAAAUUACUUUCCUAUAGCUAGAAAUUUUCUUUACUUCUUUUUCUAAAUCUCCUUAAAGCCAGAGUCUAUGUGUUUUGUGGCAGUGAACCUUGUCUAGCCUUUCUCGUGCUCCCCUUAUGUUCUUUGCUUUGUUAAUUAUGAUUUUUAUGAAAUUGGGAAAAGAAGAGAGGGGAGCCCCUCUAUGGAGUUUUUAAGUUUUAUGACCAGGUCUAUUGUUGGGAUGAAGAGAAAACUGAACUGUAAGGUUAUGCUGACAUGUCCUAUUUGUGGAUUUGGACUAUUCGUGUUGUUUUGGAGUAUCUAACGCCAGGAAAAAGUGGUGCAUAAGUUCUCUGUGUGAUGUAACAUUGGAUUAAACUAUAUUGCUAAGAUUUCAAUGCCAUUUUUUGUUAACGUUCUUUC